ACCACAAUAAAAAGAACCACACCACCGUCACCACCGUCACUCUAGCAACACCACCAACCCAACCAUGUCCCCCAUAUCGCUCACCCUCCCCAACUCCAACAACACCUCCACCUCCACCCCCCAAAAAGACGCCUCGCCCCCGACCGAACCCCCCGAAACCGACCUGGACAGCAUCGGCCGCCACUGCGCCCUCCCCUACUGCAACGUACUCGACUUCCUCCCCUUCCGAUGCUCCUCCUGCAAAGCGACCUUCUGCCUGGACCACCGCAGCGAAACCGCGCAUAAAUGUCCGCGGGCAGGGGAAUGGGCGCGCGUCCAGCAGCAACAGAAUCGCAGCUCGUCGCCACACAGCACCAGCACCAGCGGCAGCGGCAGCGGCAGCGGGGCGACAGAAAAGCCCACAAUUUACAACAGCGAGCAGUGCGCGGAGCUAUCGUGCAAGACGCUCAUCCACACGCUGACGGACCCGGGGGUGCGGUGUCCGGAGUGUAGACGGAGUUAUUGUCUCCGGCAUCGGCUGAGGGAGGGACAUGAGUGUCGGCCUGUCAAUGCCAGGAAUAAUAGCGCCGCCGCAGGGGGUGCAGCAGGGGGGGCCGAGACGCUGAAAUCGAUGUUCGCGAAGGUGCGCACGUGGGGAAAGGAGAAGAGUACCGCUCUUUCCUCCACCACAUCCACAUCCACAUCCACAUCCGGGAGUAAGAAGCCCGCGAGUCGACUAGCGACCGUCAACGCGAUGAAGAAGACCGCCAAAGGCGACCCUGGCACCCCUCCCGACCGACGCAUCUACCUCUCCGUCGUGGGGACGUCCGAGACCAACAUGGCGGAUCCCCCGCGGGGGGAGUUCUGGUUCGAUGGGCGGUGGAAGGUGGGACGGGUGCUGGACGAUGCGGCGCGGCGGCUGCAGGUCGAGAAUGUGAAUAAUCGGGGCGGAGGCGAGGAGGCGCGGUUGCGGGUGUUUCAUGUCGAGUCGGGCGAGUUUUUGGGGUUUGGGGAUGCGGUGGGCGAGAGGGUCAAGUCCGGGGAUACGGUGGUGUUGUUGAGGGGGGCGGGGGUGAUUCUUUGAUUGGAUUUAUUUCUUUUCCCUUUUUUUUCUUUCUAUCUGAUCUGAUCAUAUCAUUUUGAGAAUGUUGUGGAAGGAGGGGGUGGGUGCAUCUAGCGCAUAGCGCAGCGAGAAUUUUCUAAUCUAAUAAACAGAUAGUUAACUAAUC